GGGAGCGGGAUUUCACAUUUUAUUCCAAAUUAUGAUGUAUUCGGGAGCCAGUGCUGGCUUGGAUGGGCGAACAGAGCCCAAUCGGCUGCUGCUCUGUCCGGAGGUCAGUCUGCGCCUCGGUGUUUGAAGGGUUCGUUGGUGAGUGGGAAGCUCUUCCAAGCUGGAAGCUGAGCAGCGCUCGCAGAGGCCCGCGCCUUCAAGCCGGCAGCCGCGGGCUUGGGUUCGCGCCGCACUCCGGCUUCGCCCUUUUCUGGUCAGUUUCACGGGUGCGGCCGGCCGCAGUGGUCUAGAAGAGAGGCCUGACCGCCCAGGACCACACAGCAGCCCAACUAACUGCUAGCCUUUCAGCGAGAGAGGGGGAAAGCAAAGACCCCUGGCUACAACCUUGACCCCUCUCCUCCAGCAGAGGAGUGAAGGUCCUGUUCAGAGGGGCCAGUCUCUCUAAAUAUGUCCCAGGAUGACCGAGCGGCCGCCGAGCGAGGCGGCACGCAGUGACCCCCCGCUAGAGGGACGGGAAGCGGCCGAGGCCCGCAUGGCCCCCCCGCACCUGGUCCUGCUGAACGGCGUCACCAAGGAGACGAGCCGCGCGGCCCCAGCCGAGCCCCCGGUCAUCGAGCUGGGUGCUCGCGGCGGCCCGGGGGGCGGCCCCACCGGUGGGGGCGGCGCCGCGAGAGACUUAAAGGGCCGAGACGCGGCGGCGGCCGAAGCGCGCCAUCGGGUGCCCACCACCGAGCUGUGCAGACCUCCCGGACCCGCCCCGGCGCCCGCGCCCACCUCGGCCCCGGCGGAGCUGCCAGGCGACGGCCGCAUGGUGCAGCUGAGCCCGCCGGCGCUGGCGGCCCCCGGCGGCCCCGGCCGCGCUCUGCUCUACAGCCUCAGCCAGCCGCUGGCUUCACUCGGCAGCGGUUUCUUUGGGGAGCCUGAUGCCUUUCCCAUGUUCACCACUAACAAUCGAGUGAAGAGGAGACCCUCCCCCUACGAGAUGGAGAUUACUGAUGGUCCCCACCCCAAAGUAGUGCGGCGGAUAUUCACCAACAGCCGGGAGCGAUGGCGGCAGCAGAAUGUGAAUGGGGCAUUUGCUGAGCUCCGCAAGCUGAUCCCCACGCAUCCCCCAGACAAGAAGCUCAGCAAAAAUGAGAUCCUCCGCCUAGCCAUGAAGUACAUCAACUUCCUGGCCAAGCUGCUUAAUGACCAGGAGGAGGAGGGCACCCAGCGGGCCAAGCCUGGCAAGGACCCCGUGGUGGGGGCGGGCGGAGGCGGGGGUGGAACAGGGGUUGGCGCUCCUCCAGAUGACCUCCUGCAGGACGUGCUUUCCCCCAACUCCAGCUGCGGCAGCUCCCUGGAUGGGGCAGCCAGCCCGGACAGCUACACCGAGGAGCCGGCACCCAAGCACACGGCCCGCAGCCUCCAUUCUGCCCUGCUGCCCGCCAGUGAUGGGGCUGGCCCCCGGUGAUGGGUCUGGGGUCACCCAGGACCAACUGGGAGAGGACCCCUAGGCCACUGGGAUGGUGAGCUUUAGGGCAAGUGAGAUGAGAAACAGGGCAAUGGACUUUAUGAAAUUCCCUUGCGCUCUGAACUUUGGGAAGCCCUAAGGCUGGCUUUUCUGUUUCCUGCCUCAGUAGGAGAACAGGAAAAUGGAGCAAAGUGGUAGGUACUUUUUCUGAAGAUGGCACGGUCUUCCCCCUCCCCCAAACCCUAAGACUUCCUAAGAGAGAGGCUCAAGUGUCACUGUUUGGCCUGGAGUUUGGAGCCUUGUCUUGGCUGACACCUGGAGUUGUCUGCUGUGUCAUCUGAUGUAUCCAGCAGUCUCUGCCUUGCCAUUAGCCCCUCCCAAGCUGGCUGGGUGUAUUUUGUGGCUGCUUCUGUCCAAAUAUAUAGGUACCCAAUGACUGCCCAUUUCUUGAGCCCUGUCUUCACCCAGGCCCAUGUUGAUCCAUCCAGCUUGCCAGCUGCUGCGGAGAGUCACAAGCCUUGAGGUGCCUUCUUCAGGGCCUGGUUGAAGAAGCUGGCCAUUGGACAGCCUGCUCUGGACUAGCUGGGCCAGAGGGUCAGGAAACCCAGUAGCCCUUACUUCUUGCCCUGGGGAUCAAAGUUCUUUCUCCCCACUGAGACUUGCCUUCCUAUCCUGUGGUUGUGGAGAUGGAGUCUGCAGCCUUGAGCAUGCCCUGUUGGGCUUUGUGUGAAGGCAAAGAAAGGGAAAAUGAUAUGAGAGUGAAAAUGAGCAAGAGAUUUUGGGUAUGUGGGCUUCGAAUCCAGCUCAUCCCUGUUUGUGCUGGUGAGCAAAUGCCAGUGUGCUAGUAGGCACCUGUUGGUGCUGAAAGGAGAAGGGCAACCCCAUGCACAUUCUCCUAGAAGCUUAGAGGGUGUUCCCUGCUGCAAGAUGUCUGCUAAUAGUCUGGUCUUCUGAAUGAAUUGAGCACAAACUGUCCUAUGAAUUAUUUGUAUUUAAAUUUUUUUUUCUUAAUUCAGUUAUUGGUGGAAUCUUUAGGUCUGGAUAUGAACCAGGACACAACCCCACUUCUAGGGCAUGGGAAAUCCAAUCAGAGACCAGGCUCUGGCUAAACAUAUGCACAUUCAUCUAGCAGAACUUUAAGUACCCUGUGAUUGUGCAGCUUUUAGUCAUCAAGGGUGUGUAGGGGAGGUUGAUGUAUUGCAACAGAAGUGUCCCCUCCAAAAGUUGUACAUGACACUUUUGUAAAUCAAAUCCUUAUCCUUCAUGUUUUAAAGAAAUAACUACUGCAAGUUCUUUUGUGUAGUGAAGAAUCCUUUUGUAGUGUGAACGACUACCCCUUUGUUUAUCCCCGUGUCAAUCCAGGUGGUGGGACAUAGUUUUCUGCCUGUGAUGCAUUUCUAAGCCCAUGAAACAAACUGCACAGAAGUCCUCUGUAUUUGUCAUUGUACUUUAAGUCACCUUUCCCACCAGGCUCUGCCUUUGAGGUCAGAGAAAAUAUCCUGUCAUGCAAGAACCCAUCACUGUGGCUGCUGGAAAGCGCCUUUCCUGUUCUGAGUUUGGGCCCAGUAGCUUACCCCCGCUGUGAUGAGGCCUCCAGUACAGCCCUAUGCAGAAAAGAAAUGAUCCAAGCUCCCCUCCCUCCCUUUUAAGUUGUGAGGUCCAGUUCUUGGCCAUGGGGACAAUAUGGUUGAUCAUAGAAGCACGCUGACUCUCCAUCUCACUUCAAACACCCCAAAUCAUAUUUUGAUGAACACGAGGGUUGGUUCUUUGCCAAUGCUUAGAAGUUUCUGUCAGGAGUCUCACCUAUGUAAAAAUGGAGCAACUGUCCUGGGCUCUAAGGCUGUGUUUGCUUCUCAGUGGAUUAACCUUGACGUGGGAAUGAAAGUGGUUACGUGUGGAUGAGUGGUUGGGUGGAUGGGUUUUGUGAGAUGGGUCACACAUUCUAUUGGGAACUCAAGAAUCCAGUUCCCCUUUCUCUUAGACUUGCAGCAUGACUGGGAUAAGGUACCCAAGUGUCAGUUUUUCAUAAAUACCCUGGCUUGUCCUGUCUCCUAGGGCAGCUGUGUGGAUUGAAUGCAGUUGUGAAACUGGAAGUGUUUUGAGACCACAAAGCUGCUGCCGGCUGGGGUGUAGCUCAGUGGUAGAGCACUUUCCUAGCAUGCUCAAGGUCCUGGGUUCCAUCCCCAGAACUAGGAAAAAAAAAUAUCUCUGUUGCCCUCAGUACCAAUCCUGCUGUGGGGUUCCCAGCCUGAGUCCAGGCCUGGGGAGUGAACAAGUGGGUAAUUUAAGUUUUUUUUUACACCACUUUUGCCUGAUUUAUCCAGACCUUCCUCAUUUCUCCAGAUUGUCUGAAUUUCUGUCUCAUUCCAAGGCAAGGGACAGGAGUGAGAGAGGAAAAGAGAUUUGGGAACAUGGGCAGGCUAUGUAAAAUGUAAUGGGGCUACCCACAAAGAGGCCUGGACAGAGAAGAGCUUGGUUUUAGGUCUUUGUAAGAACUAAACAAGAUCUAUAAUUUCUAUUUCCAUCUUUCGUACUCCAGGGCUUUCUCUUUCUUUGCCUCUUUCUUGCCCAUGAAGAAAUGGCAACACUCCAAGAAUAUCCUUAAUAUCUGUGUGAAAAGGAAAAAAAAAAUGUAAAGUUCAACAUUUUGAGGCAAACAAAGAUGAAUGUAACUAGAGGGAAUCCCAUCUUUUAAGAAGAACUCACACAGUUUUAUUUGUAGUGGCAAAUGACAAGAUGGUACAACUUUUAUCCUUUUCUAAAAAUAAAGCAAAGGGCACAACAUCCGUAGUCAGCCGACAGCUCUAUCGGCCAUUUGGGUGGGUCUCUCCGUACUUGUGAUUUCAGUGGUACGUGACCCUCUGCCGAGGCUUGCCCCUGCCCGUGUACAUAGUGCCGUGUUUCUGUGGGCGGGCCCAGCACUUUCGGUCAAUGUUGUACUGUAUGUGAUGAAUUGCGUUGGUCUCUGCGUUUUUCUGCAGAAGAGGAGUAACCACUCCGGUACCUUGACCUUUGUACAGCCUAGAGGCCAACACUGUGGGUGUGUGACUAGCAAAAAACCCAUGUGGUGAUGAUGAUGUGUGUACAUAUAUAAGGUUAUAUGGGGAAGAUUUCUAAAUAAAAGUUUUAC